CUUACAUUAUCUUUUAGGGUUACAAUUGGUCGGCCAGUAUUGAACUUUACCAGCCGAGCAAUUACUUUGGGUCUCUAAACGGUAAUAAAACUGUCGAGAUUGAUCUCAUGCUUGCAUCGGCGUUAUUCACAGACCUCUCCAUUGAUGAUAUUGGCUUCCAGUACAUUCUGGAGAUUACAAUCACAACUAUUCCCUCAAGUUUCCACCAGAUCUCCCAGCAGCUGAAUCCCUUCGAUAUUAUCUCGGCCAGAAUGGUUACACACACAGGAGAACCGAUGCAGGUUACGCUUCGUUUCUUGGCAGAUUACGACACCGUCGCUUCCGGCAAUGAAGAUAACAUAGCAAUAUAUAUUCUAAACACGUUUUCAAGAACGUACAUCAACGUCACAAUCAGUGACAUUCAAGUGUCCAGAGGCUCGAUUUUAGUUUCCUUCACAAUGGUCGGUGAUGUAGAAAACACCGCUGCUUCGAUUUACAAUGAUCUUCAAGCUGGACGCAUAUCGUUGUACGUUGAUGGAAGUACAAUUGAAGCUGAUCAGAACUACAUGCUGGUAGAUGGAGAAAUAUAUGGACCCUCUGAU